CAAUGGUAGUUUUAAAUGAGACUAGAUGGAAAUGUUGACUACAUUAAAAAAUCCAGUAUCUGUCCAAGAGGAUAUAACCAUCAUGAAUGGGUACAGACUGUUGAAAUAGCACAGCUGUAUGGACUCUUCUUUUCUAUAGAUAGAUGCAAUGAUCAAGACACCAAGAGAUCUUAUCGAAUUGGAGAUACCUGGAGCAAGAAGGAUAACAGAGGAAAUCUCCUUCAGUGCAUCUGCACAGGGAAUGGCAGAGGGGAAUGGAAAUGUGAAAGGCAUUCCUCUUUACAAGCCACAGGCAUCGGCAGCGCAUCUGCAACUAUCACAGAUGUACGGACUGCACUCUACCAACCGCAGCCCCAGCCGGCUCCUUCUGGACAUUGUGCAACUGACAGUGGCAUGAUGUAUAUUUUGGGAAUGCAGUGGCUUAAGACACAGGGAAGCCAGCAUAUGCUAUGUACUUGUCUGGGCAAUGGAAUCAGCUGCCAGGAAACAGCUGUGACCCAAACGUACGGUGGCAAUUCCAAUGGAGAGCCUUGCGUUUUCCCAUUCACCUAUCAUGGAAAGACUUUCUAUUCGUGCACUUCCGAAGGACGUCAGGAUGGGAAUCUCUGGUGCAGUACAACCUCCAACUUCGACCAGGAUAAGAGCUACGCUUUUUGUACAGAGCAAAAUGUGUUGGUUCAGACGCGUGGUGGAAAUUCCAAUGGUGCCCUGUGUCACUUCCCUUUCCUUUAUAAUAAUCGGAAUUACACUGAUUGCACUUCUGAAGGACGAAGGGAUAACAUGAAGUGGUGUGGAACUACCUCAAACUAUGAUGUUGAUGAAAAGUUUGGAUUUUGUCCCAUGGCAGCUCACGAAGAAAUUUGUACGACAAAUGAGGGUGUUAUGUAUCGUGUUGGAGAUCAGUGGGACAAACAGCAUGAUAUGGGCCAUAUGAUGAGAUGCACGUGUGUGGGAAAUGGACGUGGAGAAUGGACCUGCAUUGCAUAUUCCCAGCUCAGAGAUCAGUGUAUAGUUGAUGGGGUCACAUAUGACGUUAAUCAGACUUUUCACAAACGUCACGAAGAAGGACACAUGCUGAACUGUACGUGUUUCGGCCAAGGUCGUGGGAGAUGGAAGUGUGAUCCUAUUGACCAGUGCCAAGAUUCAGAAAGCCAGACCUUCUAGCCGUGUGACGGGAGAAACCACCGUCCUUCCCUCCGUCGUCUCUAUUUCCGAAUCUGUCACGGAAAUCACAGCCAACAGCUUUGUGGUCUCUUGGGUUUCUGCCUCGGACACCGUCUCAGGAUUCCGUGUGGAAUAUGAACUGAGCGAAGAUGGGGAUGAACCUAAAUAUCUUGAUCUUCCAAAUACGGUCAAUUCAGUUAGCAUUCCCAACUUACUUCCGGGUCGUAACUACAUUAUCAAAGUCUAUCAAAUUUCAGAGGAAGGAGAGCAAGAUCUAAUUCUUUCAACAACACAGACAACAGCACCUGAUGCUCCUCCGGAUCAUCUUGUAGAAAAUGUUGAUGAUACUUCAAUUCUUGUCAGCUGGAGCAGACCAGAAGCGCCAAUCACAGGUUACCGGAUUGUUUAUACUCCUUCGCUGGAAGGAAGCAGCACAGAACUCAAUCUCCCAGAAUCUGCAACAUCUGUGACACUCAGUGACUUGAUGCCUGGUGUUCAAUACAAUAUCAGCAUUUAUGCUGUGGAAGAAAACCAGGAAAGUGCUCCUAUCUUCAUUCAGCAGAAAACCACCGGAGUCCUAAUGGCAGAUGAGAUUCAUCCUCCCCAGGACCUUCAAUUUUUGGAAGUUGGCAGUGACAAAAUAACCAUCAUGUGGCGCGCCCCUGAAAGUGCAGUGGCUGGUUAUCGUGUAGAGGUUAUUCCAAUUAACCGCCCUGGGGAACAUGGCCAGAGGUUACCCAUUAGCAGACACACAUUUGCUGAGGUCACAGAACUUUUGCCUGGAACAACGUACCUUUUCAAGAUCUACGCUGUAGGACAGAACACGGAGAGUGAACCAUUAACUGGAGAACAAACAACGAUGCAAUCCGCAGGACCAGUUCCUCCGUAUAACACCGAAGUAACGGAGACUUCCAUUAUUGUUACCUGGAUACCUGCACCUAGACUUGGUUUUAAGCUAGGAGUGAGACCCAGCCAAGGUGGAGAAGCUCCAAGGGAGGUCAUCUCAGAAUCUGGAAGCAUUGUUAUAUCUGGCCUAACUCCUGGGGUAGAAUAUAUCUACAGCAUUAAUGUUAUUAAGGAUGGUCAAGAAAGAACAACGCCUAUCGUCAAGACAGUAAUCACACCACCAUCUCCUCCCACAAACUUGCAUCUUGAUUCUAACUCUGACACUGGAUUCCUUACUGUUUCUUGGGAAAAAAGCACCACUCCAGAUAUCACUGGAUACAGAAUUACAACAGUUCCUACAAAUGGGCAAGAAGGCUACACUCUGGAGGAGCAAGUGAAAGCAGAAGAUACAUCCUGCGUUUUUGAAAAUUUGAGUCCUGGUGUGCAAUACAAUGUCAGUGUUUACACCCUCAAAGAUAAUCAAGAGAGUUUGCCCAUCUCCGAAACCAUCACACAAGAGGUGCCCCAGCUUACUGACUUAAACUUUGUUGAUGUAAGUGAUACAAGCAUCGGCCUAAAGUGGACCCCAAUAAAUACUUCUGCCAUUAUUGGCUACCGCAUCAAAGUAAUUGCCACAGGAGAAACUGUCCCUAUUUUUGAAGAUUUUGUGGAUUCAUCAGUAGGAUACUACAUGGUUACAGGCUUGGAGCCGGGCAUUGAUUAUGAAAUCAGUGUAAUCACACUCAUUAAUGGCGGAGAGAGCGCCCCUACUACGCUGAUUCAACAAACGGCUGUUCCUCCACCAACGGAUCUCCGUUUCACCAAUGUGGGACCUGACACCAUCAGAGUAACCUGGACUCCUCCAGCAUCUGUUGAAUUGAGCAGCUUCUUGGUUCGCUUCUCACCCAUGAAGAACAAGGAUGAUGUUGCAGAACUUUCCAUUUCGCCUUCGGACAGCGCCGUGGUUUUAACAAAUCUUCUUCCUGGCACAGUAUACUUGGUCAAGGUCUACAGUGUAUAUGAACAACAUGAGAGUAAACCUCUGAGUGGAGAGCAGAAAACAGGCCUUGAUUCCCCCACCGGACUGGAUUUCUCAGAAAUAACAGCCCAUUCUUUCACCGUCCAUUGGAUCGCUCCUCGCUCCCCCAUCUCUGGCUAUAAAAUACGCCACCACCUUGAGCAAGGUGGAAGUAGACCCAAAGAAGUCCGUGUUGCACCAUCUCGCAACUCCAUCACACUCACAGAUCUCAUCCCAGGGUCAGAGUAUGUGGUUAGCGUGUCUGCCUUCUAUGGCAAAGAGGAGAGUUUGCCCCUAAUUGGACAGCAAAGCACAGUUUCCGAUGUCCCAAGAGACCUACAGGUGACUGCUACUGGCCCCACUAGUCUAGUCGUUUCCUGGGAUGCACCUGCUGUUACAGUUCGAUACUACAGGAUCACAUAUGGAGAAACAGGUGGCAGUGGGCCUGCUCAAGAGUUCACCGUUCCUGGCCAUGUCUCCACUGCUCCGAUUUCCGAUCUUAAGCCUGGAGUGGAUUACACCAUUACUGUGUAUGCUGUCACUGGGCGAGGGGACAGUCCUGCCAGUAGCAAACCUGUCAGCGUAAAUUACCAAAUAGAGGUUGAUACACCAUCGCAGCUGCAAGUUACCGAUGUCCAAGACAACAGCCUGACUGUGAAGUGGCAGCCUUCUUCUUCUCCAGUGACUGGUUAUAGAGUGACAGCCGCCCCCAAGGACGGCCACAGCCCCACAAAAACUAGAGUCCUUUCUGCAGAACAAACAGAAGUCACAAUUGAUGAACUGCAACCUACAGCUGAGUAUGUGGUUAGCGUCUAUGCCCAAGGGCCAAAUGGAGAAAGCCAGCCUUUGGUUGAGAAAGUUGUUACAAACGUUGACCCUCCUAAAGGACUGGCAUUCACUGCAGUGGAUGUCGAUUCCAUCAAAAUUGCGUGGGAAAGCCCACAGGGGCAAGUCACCGGCUACAGGGUGACCUAUUCGACCCCUGAGGAUGGAAUCCAGGAACUAUUCCCUGCUCCAGAGGGCGAAGACGAGACCGCGGAGCUGCAUGGCCUCAGGCCGGGUUCUGAGUACACUGUUUACAUUGUUGCCUUGCACAAUGACUUGGAAAGCCUGCCUUUGAUUGGCACCCAGACCACAGCAAUCCCACCUCCUACGAAUCUGAAAUUUAUUCAGGUUGCUCCAACAAGUCUCACACUAACCUGGACUGCACCAAACGUGAAGCUUACUGGAUAUCGAGUGAGAAUAAAUCCCAAGGAAAAGACUGGCCCAAUGAAAGAAAUUAACCUUGCUCCAGAUAGCACAUCUGCUGUUAUCUCUGGACUAAUGGUGGCAACUAAAUAUGAAGUUAAUAUCUAUGCUCUGAAGGACUCUUUGACCAGCAGACCUACCCAAGGUGUAGUUAAUACUCUGGAAAAUGUUAGUGCUCCCCGUAGGGCUCGUGUCACAGAUGUCACAGAGCGAACCAUCACAAUUACCUGGCGCACCAAGACAGAGGCCAUCACGGGUUUCCAGAUAGAGGCCGUUCCUGCAGGGGGUCAGAAUCCAAUUCAAAGAACGAUUAGUCCUGAUGUGAGAACCUACACCGUCACUGGCUUGCAACCUGGUACUGACUACAAGAUUUUUAUCUAUGCACUGAAUGAGAAUGCUCGCAGCUCCCCAGCAGAGCUUGAUGCUUCCACUGCCAUUGAUGCACCUUCCAAUCUGCGCUUCCUCACAACUACAAGCAACUCCUUGUUGAUCAGCUGGCAGCCACCACGGGCUAAGAUCACCGGCUACAUGAUCAAAUAUGAGCAAGUUGGCGGCCCAACCCGGGAGCUAAUUCCUCGUCCUCGUCCUGGUAUUACUGAGGCCACUAUCACAGAUCUGGAGCCAGGGACAGAAUAUAUCAUUUAUAUAAUUGCUGUCAAGAAUAAUCAGAAGAGUGAACCACUGACUGGAAGGAAAAAAACAGAUGAGCUUCCCCGGCUGGUAACUCCACCGCAUUCUGGUAAAAAGAUGACAGAGAUCUUGGAUGUGCCUUCUGUUCUGGAAAAUGUACCUUACCUCACAAACAACCCCUAUGACAAUGGAAACGGUAUCCCAAUUCCAGGUUCUUCUGGUCAGCAACCCAUCCUGAGCAACCCAGGUCAGCAAGUCAUUGUGGAAGAAUUUGCGUCUCGAACCUCCCCAACUCCAGCAACUCCCGAUAGGGAAGAACAGCCAGUCGUGUUGAUCCAUCAUCCCUUUCAGGUUCCUGAUGUUGACAAACCUUCUUAUCAUCACACCCUUCUAUCCAAGGAUAAUUACACAAGGCCCCAGGAAGCACUUUCUCGGACAACUAUCUCGUGGACACCUUACACAGAUAGCUCUGAAUACAUUAUUUCUUGCCAACCGGUCAGUGCUGAAGAAGAACCUAUUGAGAUCAAAGUUCCUGGCGAGUAUUCUAGUGCUACUCUUAUGGGUCUUACUAGGGGGGCAACCUACAACAUCAUAGUAGAAGCAGUUGAAAAUCGGAGAAGACACAGAGUUCUUGAAGAGACGGUUACAGUGGGCAAUGAUGUUUCUGAAAGAUUAAGCCCACCCACUGAUGAUGUAUGUUAUGAUACCUUCACUGGUUCUUUCUAUUCCAUUGGGGAUGAGUGGGAAAGGCUGUCGGACACUGGAUUCAAAUUGUGGUGCCAAUGUUUAGGUCUUGGUAGUGGACAUUUCAGAUGUGAUUCUUCAAAGUGGUGUCAUGACAAUGGGAUGAACUAUAAGAUCGGUGAGAAGUGGGAUAGGCAUGGAGAGAAUGGCCAGGUGAUGAGCUGCACUUGCCUUGGAAAUGGAAAAGGAGAAUUCAAGUGUGACCCUCAUGAAGCAACUUGUUAUGAUGAUGGGAAGAUGUAUCAUGUAGGAGAGCAGUGGCAGAAAGAAUAUCUUGGGGCCAUCUGCUCAUGUACCUGCUAUGGAGGACAACAGGGCUGGCGUUGUGACAAUUGCCGUAGACCUGGUGCAUCUGAAGGUUCUCCUAGUCAAACCUAUUUACAGAGAGAGCAGCAAAGCCCAAACACGAACAUCCACUGUCCAAUUGAAUGCUUCUACCCCUUACAUCUACAGUCCGAUGCCCAGAACCAACGUGGAGAUUAAUUAUCAAGAUUU